AUGGAAAAAUUCAAAAAAUGCCCCAAAAAAAGAUUCAGGGGAACCCAUAGAACAAAGUUUAUUAUUAAGAAACAGACUGGGAUUGGUGAAGAAAAUAAGAGUACUGUUUUUCCUAACAACUAUAUUACAAGUAUAAUUGUAAAAUAUUUAAACGAUAACAAAAAUAAUGUGAAUAAACAUGAUUAUGAUAUGUAUGAAAAAGAGUCCCAAGAUUUGAAGGAUAAAUUGUUUUUUAAUAAAAUCGAAAUAUUGGAAAUAGAUAUAAUAAAAAGUUGCUUAUAUUUUGAUAAUGAUGAAGCAUUGCAAAAAAUUAAUUAUAAAAUACUUUAUGAUGUUUUAAAAAAAUGCAUAGAUCAUGAAAACAUAUUAAUGAAAGUAGAAGAAUUAGGAUUUUCUGCUGAAAAUAUAAAAAGUCAAAAUGAUGAAGAUAUACAUAUAUGUUCAAAAUAUCAGGCUAAGAAUUUUUUAAAUUAUAUAUAUCAAAAUUUAAAAGUUGUUAUUAAAAUGAACAAAAAUUUUGAUAUUUUAUAUAAAUUAAUGAAAAUUAUAAAAUCAAUAAUGCACAUUAUUCCCUAUACGUACAAAAUAAAAUUCUUAUUUUAUUUUUGUUCUCUUUUUAAUAUAUAUCAAAAGGAAUAUGAAAGAAAAAACAACACAUAUAAUAAUGAAGAAAUUGAUGAAAAAUCAAAGGAAGGAAAUAAAAAUGAAUCUACAAUUUUUACAAAUAUAGACCAAGAAAAUUUUUUGAAUAUACUUUUUGAAUUAAUAACAGGAUUAAUGAAUUUAAAAACUAAUUAUAAUACUUAUGAUGAUAAUUAUUUAAUAUUUAGCUAUUUUGUUUUACGUUGGAUAUUAGUAUUUUUUAAAAAUAAAUAUACUUUUUUUUCAAAAAAAAAAAUUCAUUCUUUGAUAAAAUCAAAGUAUAUGAUACUUUUAUUUAGUAUAUUAAAAAACUUACAUGAAAGUUGCAAUUUUAAUGCAGAUUCUGUUUUAUCAAAUACACAUAAUGAUACAAACAUUUUAUUAAAUAAUAAUGGGGCCACUAUAAAUGGAGAAAAUACUUAUCCUAUUGACCAACAAUAUCUUUGCAAUGCUAGCGGUAAUUAUAUGGAAAAUUUCAUAGAAAAUUCAAACAUAAAUAAAGGUGAAUUUUUAGAUCAAAUGGAAGAAAUAGAAGAUGAAAAUUUUAAUUAUGAAUCUACUAUAAAUUUAAAUGAGCCUAGUGUUUUGGAUUUGUUAUGCAAUGAAAAAGGAAAUAAGGAUAGUAUAAUUAACGGAAGUUCUUCUAUACAUGAAAAAAUAAAGAAUACCAAAAAUGAAAUAAAUAAUAUUAUUAAAACAUAUUAUGAUAGAGUUGAUUUAAAUAUUGAAAAAAAUAUGAAAGAAAUAAAGGAUAAUAUAAAUGUGUUAACACAUGAUAUAUUUAUUACAUUUUAUAAUUUAUUUAGCAAAAUAAACGACAUUCAUAAGCAUAUAGUUUUGUUAUAUUUUUCUCAAGAUUUUAUAAAAAUUUCAGAAUAUGAAUAUUCCUAUUAUAUUAUUUUCAACAGUUUUCAAUUACUAAAUAAAUUAUUAACUAUUGAAAAUUUUGUGAUACAUCCAUUAAUUUUUUUAUCACUAGAACAAGUUAUGGUAUAUUAUGAAAAUGUUAUAAUUUAUUUGUAUAAAAAAAAAAAUGAUAUGAAUGAAGAAUUUUAUAAAUUUUGUGAAAAUUUUAAUACAAAACACAAAAAUAUAUAUGAAAAUAUUUUUACAAGAUUGUGGAAUUUGUAUAUGUUAAUAAUAUCAGAUGAGUAUACAAAAAAAGAUGAUAAUGAUAAAUUAAACGAAAAAAGUAGUGCUUUCAUUAAUUUGAAUGGAAAUAAAAAUGAUAAUAUAGGUAUCAAUGCUAACCAAAAAGAGAUGCAUAUAACGAAUUAUCUAAAUAAUUAUAUUUCAAUAUUAAAAAUUAAUGAUUUGCAUUUUUCAAACGAAUAUAAAGAUUUGAUUUUAAGUAAUACAAAUAAAGGUUAUAUAAAUUGUUUAGUAAGUUGCUUGUCAACAUCAUAUCGUGUUAUUGGGUUAUGUUUUUAUUUAGAAGAAAAUUAUUUUUUUACAUAUAAUGAGCUAAUAUAUAGAGAUAUAUUUAUUUUAAAUAGAAUGCUAAAAGACUCAAACAAAUUGUAUUAUGGAGGUAAUUUUAAAUUUCUGAUGAAUUUUUUUUAUCCUUUAUUAAUGUGUUAUAUUAAUUUGUAUGAAAAAGAACCAAAUCAUAGUAUAAAGAAAGAGUUAUUUUUGAGUUAUAUUAAAAAUAUAUUAAUACAUUUUUCUAGGGCAUUAAAUGAUUGUAUAAAUUUAUAUUAUUUUAUAUCUACUCAAAUUGAAGAUAUAUAUAUAUUAGCUACAAAAUUUAUAAAUUGCAAUGAUCAUACAUUAUUAUUAUUAUUUAUAAAUUUUUUAACAAAUUUUUAUACCUCUACUAUAAAAUCGAAUCAGAAACAAAAAAAUGUAGGACAAAAUAUUUUGUUAAAUAUGAAAAAUGUAAAUAAACAUAUUAGUAAUGUAAAGUAUAAAUAUACGAAUAUAAAUCUGCAAAAAAAUAAUUAUUUUUUAAAUCAUAUAUCAGAUAAUUUAUUAAAAAUUUUCAUACCAAGAUUUAUAAUAUUCUUAACAUCAACUUAUCAGCAAAAAUUUACACCAUCAAAUAAUUUAGUUGCUCAAGAAAAUACUCAAAAUAUAUUAGAAUCAUUUUCAAGUCUUAUAUAUUUAUGUUUACAUUUUUCUUCAAAUUUUAAUUUUAAUGAUAUAUUAGUAGUAUUAGAACAAAUAUUACAAAAUAAUGUCGAAAAAGAUAUUUUUUCUUUAAUAAGUAUAUUAAAUGUUAUAAAAAUAGUUAUUCCAUUUUUUACAUUUGACCAAUUGAAAAUAUGUUCUAUUUAUUACAAAAAAGCUAUGUGCGCAAUUAAUGAUAUAUUGAAUAAUAUGUUAUCUGGUUUUACCAUAUUAGAAAACGAUAGGCAUAAUUUUGGAAAUGUUAAUAAUUGUGGUUCAGUACAAGGGGGGCCCCAAAUGAAUAACAAUAACAACGCCUAUCAUUUUGACAAUACAUUUUGUUCACAAAUCAAUCAAAAUGAAUUCCAUAAUAGUUCUUUAAAUGAGUAUAAUGCAGAAAAUGAAAAUUUUACUAACAAUAUCAAUAACAUUUAUCCAAAUGCACAAAAUACUAGUUCUAUGCUAUAUAGAGAAAAUGGUCAAAUUAUAUUAACGCAAGAAAAAAUCGGAAAAAAUGAUAAAAUAAAUAACGAACGAAUAAUAACAAAAUCGAAGGGUAAUAAAGUAAAAAAUGGAAUUAAGAAAGAAGAAAGAAAAACAAAAAUGAAACGUGAUAAAAAGAUAAAAAAUUUAAGAAAAAAAAAAAUUACUAAAGAUGUGAAAAUAGAAAUUGAGAAAUUCAAAUUAGCUAAAUUUUUAAUAUUUGAAGGAGUUUCGGAAUUAUUUCGAUAUUUUGGAAAUAUAAUUUUAAAUAAAAGAAGGGAGAAAGAAGAGUUAAUGCAAAAUAGAGAUCAAAAUAACACUCGAGGAAAUUGGAACAAUGGAAAUGAUAUUAAUGAAAAUAAUACAGAAUUUAUGAUAAAUAACAAUGAAAUAAAUAUAUUUAAUAGCAUUUUUGUUGGAAGAAUCAUGCAUGAAGAAAAUUUACCAGAAAUGAUGAAAAAAGAAAAUAUAUUAAUAUUUUUUGAUGAUAUUUCUAAUUAUAAUACUAAUAAAUAUAUUAAAAAAAUAUAUACAUAUAUAAGCAAUUUAACAAUGUAUUUAAAAGAAUGUAAAGAAAUUGAUAGUAGUUAUAGUUAUGAUAUAUUUUUUGAAAUUUUGCCAAUUAUAAUGAAAUGGUUAUUUUUUAUUAACAAAACAUUUACUAGCAAAACAAGUAGAAAAGCUUUAUUUGAAAAUAUAAUACAUAUAGGAAAAUCGAAUAUAAAAAGCUUAUUUUUGCAUAUAACACCGGGAUUAUUAGUAGAAGAUAUUAAUUGCAAAAAAAUCGCAAUACACAUAUUAUAUUUGUUAAUAAAAUAUUGUAAAAUUGAAUAUGAAUAUCAAAAACAAUUAUUUAACCUUUUCUUAACAUGUGCAUAUAAUAGCGAUAAAAACUUGUUGAAGGCAUUCCUAAAAUUUUUAUUAUCCAGUAUUUUUAUAUUUAAUAAAUAUAUUAUAUUGUCUAAUAUAAAAAAUUUAACAAAUUUGUUAAAUCUUGCUUCGAACAAAAAAACAUAUAUAUAUAUAGUUCAAAAGUUUUUUUCAAAAUUGAAUAAUAUGCUAGAAAAGGAAAUAAAAAAUAAUAAAUUUGAAAAAAUUAAUUCAUCGAAAACUGGCUUAGAAAAUAUAGAAAUCAAUUCCCCGAUAAAUGAAAAUGGAAUAGAUAAUUCAAAUGAUGAACCACCACUAAUGCCAUAUUUAACAAAAAAAAGUAAGCAGAUUUUUAGAAAAUUUAUUAAGAUAGAAAAAAUGAAUAGCAUAAGCAAUGCUUUCGAAAAUAAAAAUGAAUUAAAUCGUAAUCGUAUGAACGAUAAACAGAAAAAUGGAAAAUCUGGUCAUAAGGAUCAUAAAAAUAGCAAAAUUUCUUCUGAAAAUAAUUUAAGUUCUAACAUAAUGUCAACGAAAUAUGAUGAUGAAUCAUAUUCUGUAGAUUCAUAUCAAAGCAAUGAAUAUGAUUCAGACAUCAACAAUUACGAUGAUGUUGAAUCAGUUAGAAGUUUAAAAAACAGCGAUAUUAAUAAAAAUAAAAAAGAAAGAAAAAAUAAAUCGCAUAAAAUUACCAAAAACAACAAAAAUAAAAAUAUCGAAAACACUUUUUUUGAAAAUGUAAGCAAACAUAUUGGGGAAAAAGAAAAAACUUUCAUACAAACAACUUUAACCCAAAUUAUGGCAAAGUCAAAUAAAAUCCAUAAAAAUGUUAAGGGGAAAAUACAAAAAAUUAAAUCGAAUCCUCUAAUUAGUGACAUAUUAAUUAAUUUAGGAGAUUUUAUUAUGAAAAAUAAAACUAAUUUAAAUGUGUCAUUAAAAAAUAAAAAAGAAAUCAAGAAUUUAUUCGGGGAUAAAUAUUUUAUUAAACAAAAUACAAAUAAUGAAAAUAAAAAUUCGAAAAAUUAUUGUUCUAGUUGUUCAGAAGAUGAUGAAGGACAAAUCGAAAUACGAAAUGAUGGAAAAAUAGUAAUACAUAAUUUAGAUUCGCAUUCAAAAAAUACAAAAAAUACAAAAAAUAAAAAGAGAAAAGAUGAUAUACUUUUGAAAAAAUAUAACAUCAUUAAUGAAAAACAAAAUAUGCAUUCGAAAUCCAAGAUUAUGAACAAAUCAAUAAAUAAAAGAAAUAAAAAUCAAUUUAUUACAGCUGAUAAAAAUGCAUAUAAAUCUAAAAAAGGGAAAGGAGACAUUAUUAAAAAAAAUAAGCCUUUACCAUAUUCUUAUGUUGCUCUAAAACCAAUUAUGGCAAAAGAAAAGUUUAGAAGCAAAACCCUCCAUGCUUUUAAAUCUAUUAAAAAUUUGUCAAAGAGGAGUUGA